GGACGCCGGUGCAGCAUCCCGGCGUCUGCGCUCGUUCCUGCGUGAUGUCAGAGCUGCCCGGCGGCGCGCCCCGCGUUCACGGACCUCCGGGGCUUUUAAAAACGAAAUACAAGAAAGGAAAGUAAGAUGGCAGCUGAAGCAAACCGGGGGCUGCAGAGGGUCGUCUGGCAGAGAAUCCAAGACAGCAUUAUAACAGAUUGUCAAAAGUCAGAAAUAUGGAAGGUGCUGAUUCUAGACCAAUUCACCACCAAACUGCUGUGCUCAUGCUGCAGUAUGUCUGACCUGAUGUCGGAAGGCAUUACUAUUGUUGAAGAUCUCUAUAAAAGCCGGGAGCCAGUUCCAGAAAUGAAAGCUAUAUACUUCAUCUCUCCAAAUGAAAAGUGUAUUGAUGUGUUAAUCGCCGACUUCACGCCCAAACCCAAAUAUAAAUCUGCGUACGUGUAUUUCACCGACUAUUGCCCUGAUCCAGUUUUCGACAAAAUGAAGUUGCACUGCGCAAAGUUUAUACGAGUCUGUAAGGAGCUAAACCUCUCAUUUUUGCCCCAAGAGUCUCAAGUCUUCACCUGUGACAAUCCUGACACCUUCCAGCACAUCUACAAUCCGCACAGCCAAGACAAAGUCCGGACUCUGGAAGCGGUGGCAGACCAGAUAGUCACUCUCUGUGCCGCACUGGAGGAGUAUCCUGGAAUCCGAUACAAGAAGGACUUGAAGGUAGAUAAUGCGAAGAAGCUGGCUGAGCUGGUAGACAGCAGGCUGACGCAGCAUUACGAGCGGGAGAGUGAGAAAGGCCAGAAGAAGGGGAAAACGCCAGCCCAGCUGCUCAUAGUGGAAAGAGGAUUUGAUCCAGUCACUCCAGUCCUGCAUGAGCUCACAUACCAAGCCAUGGCCUACGACCUCAUCCCAAUAGAGAACGACACAUACAAGUUCCGCAAUAAGGACGGUUCGAUGAAGGAGGCGCAGCUGAACGAAAGCGACGACCUUUGGGUCCGACUUCGACACCUGCACAUCGCAGAUGUUUCUGAACAGAUCCCCAAGCUACUGAAGGAGAUCUCUGCAAGCAGGAAACAGAACGAUGAAAAGAUGUCAAUCAGUGGUCUGGCCCAGCUCAUGCAGAGGAUGCCCAACCACCGUAAGCAGCUUGCACAGAAAGCUACUCACCUCACAUUAACAGAGGACUGUAUGAACCGUUUUCAGAAGAAUGUGGAGAAACUGUGUAAAGUUGAACAGGAUUUGGCCACAGGCACUGAUGUAGACGGUCAAAAAAUAAAGGACCCCAUGAGGACCCUCCUUCCUGUGCUGCUAAAUCCUCAUUCCACCCAAGACAAGAUCCGUGCUGUGCUGCUUUACGUUUUCAGCCUGAACGGGACAACUGAAGAGAACCUGAAUAAACUCCUUCAGCACGUUAAUGCUGAGGAUGCGAUGGAGUACAUCCUGAACUGGAGAGAGCUUGGAGUUCCUAUCAUCUCCUCGCUAUCAUUGUUCUCAACACGCAAAGCAUCGCGGAGGGACCGCACAGGCGAAGAAAAGUACAACCUCUCUCGCUGGACGCCGGUCAUUAAAGACGUGAUGGAGGACGUUUUAGAGAAUAAGCUGGAUGCCAAAGACUGGCCCCAGCAGGCGGAGAGUGCAGCGAGCUGGCACAGCGCUGCAGUGGUGAGCGCCCGGCAAAAGCAGAAGUCCAGCAGCCAGGAGGUUCUGCGCGCCAGGUCCCGGCUCAUCGUCUUCAUCAUCGGCGGGAUGAGCUACUCGGAGAUGCGUUGUGCCUACGAAGUCACACAGGCCUUCAAGUCCUGCGAGGUCAUCAUGGGGUCGUCGCACAUUCUGACGCCCACUGGUCUCCUAGAUGACAUCAAGGCCCUCAGCCAGCCCCCUACAGAAGAGAUGGCUGUGCUGGAGGUGGCAGAGUAGACGCUCUGUCUCACUGUUUCCCACAUAAAGCCCCACAACAGGAUGUCACAAAGGCCUACUUCCUGUCUAAGAGUGUGGUGGAGGUGCGAGUUAUUACCUGGUGUGUGUAAUUUUGGUUUAAGGAAAAAGGUUAAUGACCAAACCGAUGACAGCUACUGUUACUGUAAAAAUGAAUUAUUGAAUUAUUGAGAUGCAAUCUUUAUAGAGCUUGUGCUUAUCUAAUACAGACAAAAAAAUCUUUCAGUGGUUUGGUUUCCUGUAUACUUGCAAAUAUAACCAGAAGCUGUAAUUUUUAAAUGAAUGUCUUAUAUAUAAUAACUGGUUAAUAAGCAGAUUAUGUUGAUAAUUACAGUUGUUUGCAACAGUAUUCCAUAUAUUUAUUACAGUGUUUUCUCUUUAGGUACACAUUAAGGCUAGAUUUGCUGAAAUAUGAGCCAUUUGAGUAUUAAGUGCAAACUAUGUGUUCGAACAUCUGCCCCUCUGCACCCUGUUUUGUAAGAAUAUGUAGUUAAAGGAAAUGUGUUUGAAGUUUUGAAAAUAAAACUUCAUGUGAAGUA